AUAUUUUCCUUAAAGUUUAAAGCUGGAAAGGAAGGCUAAAGGGCUAGUGAAUUCAGAGACUCCCCUUUGACGGACGAUGGAGGGAUAUGGUUAUGAGCACUUUGGUGCAGAUGGAGCGAGGAAGAGCCCACAGGUGGAUUAUCGGAGAAUUGUGGGAGACACUCAGCUCCCACAUACUAAUGUUUCAUCCCGGGAAGGUGAACAUUAUGUCCGACAAACCUCCCAUGGACAUGAAACUGCAGCCCAGCGAUACAGCGCCACACGCAUCCAGGCCGGUCUAGGCCCAGAGAGCAUGGCGGAUUUCUUAAUCAGUGGUGGUACAGGCUAUGUCCCUGAAGAUGGGCUCUCAGCUCAGCAGCUCUUCUCGAUCGGAGAUGGCCUUACAUACAAAUCUGACCAACCGUGCGUUGUCUCCGAUGGUCAUACGGCUGAAGAGCUAUGCUCUAAAGGAGAUGGGUUGACUUACAAUGAUUUCCUGAUUUUACCUGGCUUUAUCGACUUUACCUCAGAUGAAGUGGACCUGACCUCAGCGUUGACCAGGAAGAUCACAUUGAAGACCCCUCUCAUCUCCUCCCCCAUGGACACUGUCACAGAGUCAGCCAUGGCGAUUGCUAUGGCGCUAAUGGGAGGUAUUGGCAUCAUUCACCACAACUGCACACCAGAAUUCCAAGCCAAUGAGGUCCGCAAGGUCAAGGUUAUGAGGUUUGAGCAGGGAUUUAUCACUGACCCAGUUGUGAUGAGUCCUCGCCACACAGUUGGGGAUGUGUUUGAGGCCAAAGUAAGACAUGGCUUCUCUGGUAUUCCUGUCACAGAGACGGGCAAAAUGGGCAGCAAACUGGUGGGCAUCGUCACCUCCAGAGAUAUCGACUUCCUUUCUGAAAAAGACCACGGCAGACCUCUGGAGGAGGCCAUGACAAAGAGGGAGGAGUUGGUUGUGGCUCCAGCAGGUGUCACUCUGAAAGAAGCCAAUGAUAUUCUGCAGCGCAGUAAAAAAGGCAAGCUUCCCAUUGUAAAUAAUAACGACGAGCUGGUGGCCAUCAUUGCCAGGACCGAUCUGAAGAAGAACAGGGACUACCCACUGGCCUCCAAAGACUCGCGCAAACAGCUGCUGUGUGGCGCCGCCGUCGGCACCAGGGAGGAUGACAAAUACAGACUGGAUCUGUUAGUGCAGGCUGGGGUGGAUGUUGUCGUACUG